AUGGCGUCAUCAUUUUUGUUUCUGCUUUGUUCAUUCUUUGUUUCACAUGUCUUAUCGGAAGCCAUCACUCAUGAUUCCGAUGUGGUUAUUUAUGGAAACACGGUUGCUGCUAUAGCAGCUGCUAUUCAAACAGUUCGAAUGAACAAAACUGCUGCGAUAAUAUUUCCUGGGAAACGACUUGGUGGAUUGACAGUUUCUGGUCUGGGAUGGACAGACUCAAAAGAUGGGAAUACGAUUGGUGGUAUCGCGAGAGAAUUCUAUGAGAAGGUCUACCAAUACUACGACAACGACGACGCUUGGAAAUACGAAUCAAGAGAUGAUUACAUCGACAAGAAGAUCCGAGCUCAACCGGGUAUGGCCAUCGGGGAUAACGUUCAGUGGACCUUUGAACCGCAUGUCGCCGAGAAGAUCUUUGAGAAAUGGAUCAAAGAUGAGAAAAUUCCCGUCUUUCGAAAUGAGGCCAUCGUCCGCUCAGAAGGUGGCGUGGACAUGAACGGAACGCAGAUCAAGUCUUUCCAAACAGAGUCCGGAUCGACAUUUUCGGGAAAGAUGUUUAUCGACGCGGGCUACGAGGGCGAUCUCAUGGACACAGCUGGAAUCUCCCAUCGAGUGGGACGCGAAGAUAAACAGGAAUUCAACGAGUCUGCUGCUGGAUUUCAUCUAGACCAGGCGAAUCGUCUUUCGCAAAUCAAUCCGUUCAACGACGAGGAUGAUUCUGAGAGCGGUUUCAUUCCAGGCGUUGGCCGGGAACUUACCAACUACGGUGCUUAUCAUGCAAAUGGAAAAGAAGAUCAUCGUCUUCAAGCCUUUAACUAUCGACUCUCAUUAACGCAAGAAGAAGACAACAAGAAGGAAUUUUUCAAACCAAAAGAUUACAACGAGUCGGACUACGAAAUCUUGUUUCGCUACAUCAAGGCCGGCCACGAGGGACCAUUCUUUACCACACAACUCAUGCCGAACUUGAAAACCGAUACCAACGCAGCUGGUCUUGUCAGCACAGAUCUCAUCGGCGGAAGCAACAACGAGACAUCCAAUUAUGCAGAAUACUCGUACAAAGACCGAGAAGCAACCGCGCAUAGACAUAAAGUCUGGGCACAAGGACUGCUCUGGACAUUAGCAAAUCACGAGGAUGUCCCAGAACACAUCCGCGAAAAAGUUGGACUGUGGGGUUAUGCGAAAGAUGAGUGGGUGAGCAAUGAGAACUGGCCUUACGAGAUUUACAUCCGUGAAGCCAGACGUAUGAACGGGAUGUACAUGAUGAAACAAGACGAUAUUCAAGAUCCGAAAGAGUAUAACGAUACUAUCGUCGCGGUGGGAUAUUACACGCUUGACGUACACCAAGUCGAACGCGUUAUCAUCGACGAUCGGAUCUACGACGAAGGUCUUAUCCAUGUUCCCAACCCUGGACCGUUCAGCAUGCCAUACGGCUCAAUUAUCCCAUCAAAGAAGGACGCUACGAAUUUUCUUAACCCUGUCACGGUAAGCGCAUCGCAUAUCGCGCUUUCGGCGGUACGCAUGGAGCCAGUAUAUAUGAUCCUGGGACAAAGUGCCGCUACGGCAGCUGUUUUGGCCAUCGAGGACGGUGUGAGUGUCCAGGAUGUCGAUAGGAAGAAAUUGAAGGAAAGAUUAGAGGGUGAUACGCAGGUUGUCGAGUCUUUGGGUGUAGACAAAAGACCGGGUGGGACAUUGGCGAUGUUUAUGAUAAUGUUUUGCUUAUAUCACUUGUUUUAG